CCCAACAGCCUCGGAUCUGCCCAGGAACCAACCUUCUACUUUCCUUGCUGAGCAGAACCACCAUGAGUUGCCAGAUCUCCUGCAAGUCCCAAAGGGGAGGCGGCGGAGGCGGAGGCGGCAGGUUCCGGGGCUUCAGUAGUGGUUCGGCGGUGGCCUCUGGAGGGAGCCGGAGGUCGACCACCAGCUUCUCCUGCCUGAGCCGCCAGGGUGGUGGCCGAGGAGGUGGAGGUGGCUUUGGCAGUCGGAGCCUGGUUGGCCUUGGAGGGCACAAGAGCAUUUCUGUUAGUGUGGCUGGUGGAUUUGGUGGCAGCAGCUUGGGAGGCAGCGGCUUCAGAGGUGGCUCUAGCUUUGGAGGAGGCCGAGGAUUCGGAGGAAGCAGCGGUUUCAGAGGUGGCUCUGGCUUUGGAGGAGGCCAAGGAUUUGGAGGAGGCAGCAGCUUUGGAGGUUUUGGGGGCCCUGGUGGAUUACCUGGUGGAGGCAUCCAUGAAGUGUCUGUCAACAAGAGCCUCUUGCAGCCUCUUGAUGUCAAAGUAGACCCUGAGAUCCAGAACGUGAAGUCUCAGGAGCGUGAGCAGAUCAAAACCCUCAACAACAGAUUUGCCUCUUUCAUCGACAAGGUGCGCUUCCUGGAGCAGCAGAACCAGGUGCUGCAGACCAAAUGGGAGCUGCUGCAGCAGCUGGACACAGGCACCCGUACCAUCAGCCUGGAGCCCAUCUUCCAGGGCUACAUUGGCAUGCUCAAGAAACAGGUGGACCAGCUUUUCGCAGAGAGGACCUCCCAGGACUCAGAGCUGAGCAAUAUGCAGGACCUUGUGGAGCACUUUAAGAAGAAUUACGAGGAUGAGAUCAACAAGCGCACAUCUGCGGAGAAUGAUUUCGUGACCAUGAAAAAGGAUUUGGACAGUUGCUACAUAGACAAGACAGAGCUGCAGGCCAAGGCGGACAUACUGAUGCAGGAAGUCGAUUUCCUCAAGACGCUCUAUGACACGGAACUGUCCCAGCUACAGCAGAGUGUCACCGACACCAACGUCAUCCUGUCCAUGGACAACAACCGGAACCUUGACCUGGACAGCAUCAUUGCUGAAGUUCGGAGCCAAUACGAGCUCAUCGCCCACAAGAGCAAGGCUGAGGCAGACGAGCUGUACCACAGCAAGUAUGAAGAACUCCAGGUCACAGCUGUGAGACACGGGGAUAGCUUGAAAGAACUCAAGAUGGAGAUCAGCGAGCUGAACCGAACAAUCCAAAGGCUGCACGCGGAGAUAUCACAAGUGAAGAAGCAGUGUAAGAGUGUUCAGGACUCCAUUGCAGACGCGGAGCAGCGGGGAGAGCACGCCAUCAAAGAUGCCAGGAACAAGCUCCUGGACCUGGAGGAGGCCCUGCAGCAGGCCCGAGAGAACCUGGCGCGGCUGCUGCGAGACUACCAGGAGCUCAUGAGCUGCAAGCUGGCCCUGGACAUGGAGAUCCUCACCUACCGCAAGCUGCUGGAGGGCGAGGAGUGCAGGAUGUCUGGGGAGUUCAGCGACAAUGUAUCUGUGUCCGUGACAAGCAGCACCGUCUCCUCGUCUGUGGCAUCCAAGGCUGGCUUUGGCGCUGGAGGGUCAGGAGGAAGUUCUGGAGGAAGAGGGUCGUAUGGCGGUGGCGGAGGAAGCAACUAUGGCUCCGGAGACAGAGGCUCUGGCUCCAGAGGAGGGUCUGGAUCUACAUCCGGAGGAGGUUACAGCUCCGGAGGAGGCUCCAGGAGCGGUUCAGGCGCUGGAGGAGGUUACAGCUCUGGAGGAGGCUCCAGGGGCGGUUCCGGAGGAGGAGGUUACAGCUCAGGAGGAGGCUCCAGGGGUGGUCCUGGAGGGGGUUACAGCUCUGGGGGAGGCUCCAGGGGCAGAUCUGGAGGGGGAUACAGCUCUGGGGGAGGAUCCGGAGGUGGAGGCUCUAGGGGAGGGUCAGCCUCUGGAGGGGCAGUGUCUGGCUCUGAAAGGGGUGGUUCUGGGUCAGAGGAAGGUUGUGGCUCUGGGGUGACCUUCUCCUUUAGAUAGAGAUGGUCCUCUCCCUACUCUUUGGUUCCGGAACUUCAGCUGUAUCUCUGUAUCUCUAACUCAGAGUAACCCUGAUAUUUGCAGUCCACCUCUGAUGGCAUUUUCUUCUUGUGAGGAGGUGAUGAAAGAACCAUCCUAAACAAUUAGAGUCAGAGAUACUGUGUUCUGAGAAAGAAUCUAUGUUGUCCAACCGUGUCUUCAAGCCGUGUUCCGCUCCUGGUUUCCUUGCAAUGCCCACCUGGCAGUCCUUCCCAGAUGGUGUU